GCGUGAUCUCGACAGCAGGCCCACCACAAGCCUUAUGGUGGAUCCAUGGAUGUUGUCCAUUCCGCUCAACGUGAAAGGUUGACCACUUGAGGUCCGAGGUCAUCAAGUGACGCUAACCCUAAAUUCGUGGAUUGUCACGUGCUGAUAAGAUAGGUAACCUCUUCCAAGGCUGGAAUCCAUGUCUGAUCAAUUUUCAAUUGAAGAACAUCUCCAGGUUCCCAAAACAUACUAACAUUAGUAUGGCGGGUCCUGAAAAAGAUCCCGCGCUGAAGCGCAAGAAAUCUAGGAAGAAGAAGCCGUCAAGGACAGAAGUCUCCUCUUCGAGCGAGAGCGAGAGCGAUAUUUUAUCGCCCAAAACGACGCGGAACAAACACUCAAACAUACCCAAUGGCGUGGCAAACGAAGAUGUUGCCACGACAGGCGCUGGGACAUCGACCCACGGCCAGAACACUCGAGUGGUAGCGAACGCAACGACCGAAUCGAAACCGCAGAGGGCAGCCGAGGACUUCAGGUCUAUCUACCUGCGCAAAAUAACUGCCGAGGUUGCAGAUGACCUGGACCAAGUGCGCAAGGCCAACGAUUUCACAAUUAGAAGUGUUCCGAUGCUGGUGCAUGCACUGAAACAGGGUUUGAGCUGCUUUUCGGCGGAGGAGAGAGCGCGGGUCGUGGAUGCUGCGAAUGCAUGAGCUUGGACGCGCAUGAGAGAAUGUGAGCACACAUGGGAUGCGGAAGAUGUAGUGCCAUGACGCCCAGGGUCUGCCAGUCCGGCGGAUGAUGAUAUUCUCCCAAAACUACCUCUUGAUACCCAAUGAAUGGACAAUGAAUCUAAACCAAUGGAGCCCGAGUCCAU